AUGGAAGACAGAGAAAAAGAAUUCCCCAAUUCAGAGCAUGAAUUGCACUCCCACAAGCCAGAGGUCGAUCCAGAUGUCGAUCUCAAGACACUCACAAAGAUACUAGUUCUAUCGCUAUUCGUGUUCCAGGCCAUGUUUCUCCUGGUUCCAAUAUAUCUCCUGGAGUUGGAAAAGAAUCCUGACAUUGCACCCCUCGUUAUUGCUGUGCUGUUUUCACUUUUUGACUGUGCUUCCCAGUGCGGCUAUUACCUUGGAUUCAGGCCCACCAUAGUCAUUGGAUUUAGCUCUAUGUCAUUGUGGUCAAUAUUGGCCUGGGUUUGCGAGCUAUUCGACCUGACCUUUUUGCGCAAGUGGGCCAUAGUCACAGUCUGGAUGUGGCUGUUCGUUUGCAUGGGCGCUUUCCACAUGUUGUUCUACUAUUUCAAGAAGUUGAGGGUGAUGAGGUUGAUAGGCAUCUGCCUCUUGGGCGCCAUAUUCUCCGUUUUCUCCAACUUUUACAUUCGCACAACUAGCAGCUACAAUGUCAUAUUGGCUGCGUACUUUGUCUACUGCCUUCUGAUGGCGGGUUUGUUCUACUGGAAAGCUCCUAAUACACCUCGUUUAUAUGGAGAAGUCAGCUUUAAGACUAUGCGGCCACGGAUCGCCGGUUUUGGUCUUAUAGUUCUCCUUAACUUCAUUAUGCUCAAUAUUCUUGCCGUCACGGGCUUCAAUGGUGUGUUUGUCAUGGCCUUUGCGGUUUAUCUAGGUUUGAGCCUUUAUCCAUAUUCAGGCUUGAUUCAUUAUGGACAUCCAAACUUUUUCAGGUCUGACCUCAGGGAAAGAGGACGCAGAAAUUACAGAGAAAUCCAUGAGACGUUUUUCCCGUUCCUCGCCUCCAGUGAAGCGUAG